AUGUCAUCUCAACGACGUAAAGCAUUUACAAUUGAGGAAAAAAGUGCAAUAAUAUGCAGAUUAGAAAAUGGAGAAUCUAACUCACGUCUCGCAAAGGAAUUUGGCGUGGGUCAUUCAACAAUCUCAAUGAUUUUCAAAAACAAGAACCGUAUUAAGCAAUCGUUCAAUUCAAAUGUUUUGAAACCGAAGAGGCUUCGAAAAUCACGACAAGAAAAUGUUGAUCAAGCAUUAAUUCAUUGGUUUAAAAACAUGAGAAACAAAGGAAUACCUGUCAGCGGCCCUAAGCUACAGGAAAAGGCAAAUGGUUUUGCCGCGCGUUUUGGUAUUCUCGACUUCAAUUGUUCUGCAAGUUGGAUCAGUCGUUUCAAAGUUCGACAUAACAUUGUGGCGGAAAAAAUUGUCGGUGAAUCUUCGUCUGUUGAUCAAAAUUCAACAACAAACUGGUUGAUAUCUGUGUGGCCGAAUUUACGAAAACAGUUUUCUGAUGAUGAUAUAUUUAAUGCUGAUGAAACUGGACUUUUUUACAAAUUAAUGCCGAAUAAAACUUUAAAAUUUAAUUGUGAAAAUUGUAGUGGAGGUAAGUUGUCAAAAGAUAGAAUAACUGUCAUGGUAGCAGCGAAUAUGAGUGGCACAGCGAAGAAGAAAUUGCUCAUUAUUGGAAAGUCACAAAAACCAAGAUGUUUUAGAAGUGUCAAAUCAUUACCUGUCGAUUAUGCUAUCAAUCGUAAAGCUUGGAUGACGUCAGAACUUUUUGAAAAAUGGCUUCGUGAUAGGGAUCGUGAUUUGGUGAAGAAGAAGAAAAAGAUUCUAUUGCUGGUUGAUAAUUGCCCGGCGCAUCCAAAUGUUACUGAUUUAAAGUCUAUAACACUUGCUUUCCUUCCGCCUAAUUCAACAUCAGUACUACAGCCAAUGGAGCAGGGAAUAAUACGAUUACUCAAAAUGAAUUUUAGGAAGAACCUUGAAAUGAUUAAUUGUGUUGAUGCUAAUGAAAACAACUCUUCUACAAAAAUAACGGUGCUAGAUGCACAUCUGAUGGUUAAUGAUGCCUGGAAUAAAAUGUCACAAAGUACCAUUCAUAACUGUUUCAAACAGGCAGGAUUCAUAGAAAGCCACGAUGGUUUAGAACAUGAAUUCGAUGAAGAAGAUGACAUUCCUUUAUCUUUGUGGUCACGAAACCUAAAUUCAGAUUCUUUAGCAGCACCAGAAAUGUGGGAAGACUAUGUUGACAUCGAUAGCGCUCUUCUCACAUUCGAAGAACCCUCUGAUGAAAAUAUCGUACAGAACAUUAGUGCUAAGGACCAACUUGAAAGUGAUGGGGAAGAGGAAGUUGAGGAAGCACCAUUACCUACCGCAGAGGAGGCAUUAAAAGCUGCAGAAUUAUUAUCACGAUUUGUUCACAGCAAUAUUGAAAAUGAUAAUUUGACCAUAGCAAUGUCUUCUAUACACAAUAGUAUUAAAGAAUGUUAUUACAAUAAAAUGAAAAAAACAAAAGCAGACAAAAAUCACAGAUUACUUACCGUAAAAAAUACACUGGUAUGUGUUAUAAUGUGCUGA